GAUCAAACUGGCAUCCCAGCCCAGGCAGCAGCACUGACAGCGCCGAGAGAGAGAGAGAGAGAGACGCAUCCUAAACCAGACACUGCUAUGUUGAAAUAAAUUAGAUAUGACUGAUGUGGAGGCAACGUAUGAAGACUUCAUAGCCUCUGGAAGGACGGGCAGAAGGAAUGCGGUGCAUGACCUCCUGGGGGAAUCAGGAGGACUGGACGCUAGCGGACUCUCGCAGACGCUUUCGGAGCUCAACAUCAACAAAACAGAUGAAGGGAAUGACGGAGAGAAAAGCUCGAGCUCCUCAGACUCCGAUCCUAAACAAGAGGAGAGCAAAGCGGAGAGAACGUAACAGCCUCCUGCGCGAUUAGAAAAGAAACUUCUCAGCUCCAUCCUGUGGUGAUUUGAGGACAGGACAUGGCCGAGCAGAAACAGCGACGCCUUCUUCUACUGGUCUGCCCCGGACUCAGCCGAGGCUCUGCCUUCAAAGCGUUCAGAGGAAAAGGCUGGACUUGUAGCUUCAGCACCGGAUGAAGCGUUAAUCACUUCAGUAACAUAGCUGAUGUAGGCACUCCCUUAGCUAAUCACUGUUAGCUGUUAGCUGUUGAAAUGGAGCUAAAUCGUCCAUCAGACCCUCCAUCCCAGAGGGAUGUAGCUGGAGAUUCGUAGGAUCUUCUCAGCAUUUGACUUUCCGUCACAGAUUCAUGGAGGGAUACAUUUUUUGAUCUGCAGGCCCACUGCCAAGUUAGCCAUGCUAAUAUAUUUCUGUGUUUUCCUUGAUAUUUAUGAGUAGUAGUGUUGUUGUAAUAGCCUACGUUUUUAAAUAUUUUUAAAUAUUCAUUCGGUAUUUUAAAUCGGAUUUUGUUUCUCACUUAAUGUUUCAGCUGAUGUUAUUACCGAAUACGUGCAAGAAACGAGGUUUCACAUAACACAGACGCUGCACCGUGAUCGAGUAUGAACGUGGUGUAAAAAGUGAUGCAUGACACCUAAAUAUAUUCACGGUCUGUUCAGAGAAUACACAUGUACAAAAUAUGCAGCUGUGUUCACGUGAGCUAAAUGUUUAUGGUGUUUUUCUUUUUUCUUUUUUUUUUUUUUGGAGCUUGUGGUUUUGAUUUUUGUUUUUAAUAAAAAAAAAUAUUAAUUUGAUCAACACUGCCCUGUAAACUUUUUUAUUUUGAGCUCACCUUGAUAGAUUUUUUUUUAGCAUGUAUGUCUUCCACAUUUGUUCAAUUUGUGACAGAUUUGGUAAUAAACAUUAACGGAUGA